GAUUUCCUAACGGGUCCCUGCUAAUUCCAUGCCAAAACUAGCAGUGGAUUUCUUCCUUUUAAUCUCCCCUAAUGCCUUAUUCGAUUAUUGUCACUGCUCUCCGACCGCGCACCGUCCCUCCAAGCCCUGAUUCCCCCCCUGGAACAGUCGGAUGAGGCUGAGCGGCGGUGGCGAAGCCAAAGGACACGCACGGCCACGGACUCCCCCCGCCUCCCCAGCCCCGGCAGAGGGACCAGAGGGGACCCGAGGAUGAGCCCCGACACCGGCUCCAGCUGACGGCUCUGAGGGCACCCGAGCGUCCUCGCAUCGCAGCCGAGGCAUGGCUCUGCUCCUCGCCUGGCUGUGCGUGGCUGCGAGCAUAGAGAAGGUGGUGGGAGCCCAGGAUGAAUCGGUGGACCUCUACUCAGAAAACGUGACUCGGAUCCUGGACAAGCUGUUGGAUGGCUACGACAACAGGCUCCGACCAGGAUUUGGAGGCGCUGUGACCGAAGUCAAAACAGACAUCUACGUGACCAGCUUUGGGCCGGUGUCCGACGUGGAGAUGGAAUACACAAUGGAUGUCUUCUUUCGGCAGACAUGGACUGAUGAGAGGUUGAAGUUUAGUGGGCCAACUGAAAUUUUGAGACUGAACAAUUUAAUGGUCAGUAAAAUUUGGACACCAGACACAUUUUUUAGAAAUGGAAAAAAAUCAAUUGCUCAUAAUAUGACAACUCCUAACAAACUUUUCAGAAUUAUGCAGAAUGGAACUAUUCUUUAUACAAUGAGACUAACCAUUAAUGCUGAUUGUCCUAUGCGGUUGGUGAACUUCCCUAUGGAUGGACAUGCUUGUCCAUUGAAGUUUGGAAGCUAUGCUUAUCCAAAAAGUGAAAUAAUUUACACAUGGAAAAAAGGACCCCUGCAUUCAGUAGAAGUACCACAGGAGUCUUCCAGUCUCCUCCAGUAUGACCUCAUAGGACAAACUGUGUCUAGUGAAACAAUUAAAUCUAACACAGGUGAAUAUGUAAUCAUGACAGUUUAUUUCCACUUGCAAAGGAAGAUGGGCUACUUCAUGAUACAGAUAUAUACUCCAUGCAUUAUGACAGUCAUUCUUUCUCAGGUGUCUUUCUGGAUUAACAAGGAAUCUGUUCCAGCCAGAACGGUUUUUGGUGAAUAUUCACUUCAGCUGCUCUAUUUCCAUCUUCAAAGGAAAAUAGGCUACUAUCUCAUUCAGACAUACAUUCCAUGCAUCAUGACUGUAGUCCUGUCUCAGGUUGUGUUUUGGAUCAACAAAGAAUCUGUUCCAGCAAGAACCGUAGCUGGAAUCACUACAGUUCUAACAAUGACCACUUUAAGCAUCAGCGCACGCCAUUCUUUGCCCAAGGUGUCCUAUGCUACCGCCAUGGAUUGGUUCAUAGCUGUGUGCUUUGCCUUUGUCUUCUCUGCACUUAUUGAGUUUGCAGCUGUCAACUACUUUACCAAUCUUCAGACUCAGAGAGCAAUGAGGAAGGCAGCCAGGGCAGCAGCACUGGCAGCAGCGCUAUCAGCAGCAACCGUACCGGCAGAGGACGAGAUUGUCUCGCAUUCUGACUCCAACUGUAACCUGAAGAAGCGAGUAAACUCUGUAGCAUCUCAGGCAGAUCAGUCUCCUGAAGCCAGCAUAAUAUCCAAUAGUGCAUCCCAGUGUCAACCAGUGUGUGUUCCUCCACCAGCCCCACCGCCGCCACCACUACCACCCAUUGGAGGCACAAGUAAAAUAGAUCAGUAUUCAAGGAUCCUCUUUCCAGUGGCAUUUGCAGGAUUCAACCUGGUGUACUGGGUUGUUUAUCUUUCAAAAGACACUAUGGAAUUUUUUGAACCUACUGCAAUGCAUCUUCGAAAUGACCCUCUGUCCAACUGAGGAACAGCUCAAGAUUUCAAAGAAAUCACUGAAGGUCAUAUAGGGUUGAAGGGACUUCAAGGGAUUUGUUUAUCCACAGGUGCUCUCAAUUUUCAAACAGGGAAUAUUUAUAUUGAACAUCACCUGGAAAAACUCUGGACAAAUCAAGAAGAUCAACGCAGGGUUCUAACAGUACUUUAAGAUUUCUUACACUGAUUCUACUGUAAACGUUCUUUUUUUAAUUGGUUUGUUCAAUUGUCAAAGAAAAUAUGUAUUUGUUCUAAUUCUGUUAUAAAUAAUUGAAUGUUUGCAUUGAUAUAAUACAUCAAGAACAGGAUUAUUUUUUUAAAUACAAUAAGGAUUGCUAAGAUAAGCCUGAUUCUGAACUGGUAUAACUUGGCAUGGUUUCACCAAAAGGUUCGAAGCUGUACUGAUCUGCAGUGCUUGAAAUCUACCCAAAAUAAUGUUAAGAAAUGCUAUCAAAGGGAGCUGCAUACCCAUCAUGUUUUCGUGACUCUUUUACAGAAAAGAUGAAUAAUGAAUUCUAUUUUCUUUAAUUUCAUCUCCUGUAAUUUAAGGUAAUAUUUAUAAAGAACACGAUAUAAGAAACUAUUGUUAAUAUACUUUACCUCAUUAGUUAUGAUAGUGUAACCUUUUCUGUUGAGAGUGACCACGGAAGUACAACCAGACUAAUAAGCAAUUUCUUGGCAGGAUCUAGAAAUGCAGAAGCGAGAUACUCAGGGAGUUUUCAAGGUCUAAAGCUGAACAGACAGAAAAACGCAGCUACCCAUCACGCUAAGUGCAAGCCUCCAGCUCCAGGGAACCUCCUGAAAGCAAGUCUUGAUAGCUAGUUAGGGAACAAGCUGCAUGUUAUCUAGUUGAUGCUUCUGAACUGCCCAUAGCAAACUCCCUAGAAUUUUUGUCUAGAGGCAAAGUACUGUCAGCACAUUCAGAGUUUAAAGAUAACAGUAUUUUAAUUUAUUUGUCACUCUCAACACAAACAGUCACAGUUUUUUUUUUCUCCUAUUUCACAGUCAUAUAUUAUUUUAUUGUAUAUUCACCCUUCACCUCCAUAAUCCUUCUUAAGAAUGUAAUCAGGAAAGAUAUGCCUAAUCAAAUGAAACCCAAGCCAAUUUUGUUGCAGGUGUAAUGGACACUGAUGGGAGUCAAAAGCACACAGAGAAGUAUUACAUGCAGCCACAUAAAAAUUAAAGAUGCCUAUCUUGAAAUUAAUCGUAGUACAUUAAAAUUAGAUUAAUUUUAACAGACACAUGAAAUUCUGCUUUGUUUCAGGAAAUCCAGGGCCUUUCGAUUUGUGUAAAUAAACAUCUUAAUCACUGUGAGAAAUAUUUAGGGGCUGACUAAUUGACUCCAGUAAGUUAUCAGCAGUUUUAUUGGCACUGUAACAAUUUUGACUCCCUGGUGACCUAGCUCCAGCUGUUCUCCUCCUCCUUUUUCAAGAGGAGUGUACAGCUUUUACUAGUGUUGUAGCUGGAUGGAACAUUUGAGAUCACUUUGUGUACUCAUUGUUAACCUCAAAGAGCUUGGAUGGGGACAGUUUAAGUAGAUUCGAGUCAAUAAUAACUACUGUUUGCACAGAGAUGUCAUGUUUGCAAUUUUCUUUUCCUGACCGGCUGCAGGCUAGCACACUUGGAUGUAUUUGUAAGUGCACUGAAUUCUUUCUUAAUUUUGCUUUGAAACUACAAUUGUGACAAUUUUUCCUAUUUUCAGCCUUUAUACGCUAUUUUUUUAAAAAGUAAAAUAUGGGCACUGGUCAAGUAUUUUAUAGUUUGUAAAUACAUCUUACUUUGCAAAAAGCAAAUUGCGCUGUAGGGACCAGAGGUUAUUUUUUCAGUAUAAGUGUACUCAUCCUUGAUUCACUGACAAAUAUCUACAGUUUUUCAGAGUACUUAAAAAUUAGUUUAUGCACAAAAUGAAAAUGUUUAAAAGCUAUGGGGGGAAAAAAGUGACACUUAAGCUAAAUUUUUUGUCUGAUUUUUGUUUAAAAGAAAUCUAAAUAUGAAUUUACAGCAUAUGCAGAGAAUUACUAAGUAGUCACUAUUUCCUUGGAGCAUAGUGAUUCAGUUUAUAAAAUAGCGGUAACUUCCUGGUUAGGAAGCUAUAUCAGCACCUUAGAAAGGUACUAGCAGCUCAUGGUAUUUAACUGCACAUUUCAACAUGACCAUAAAGACUGCUUAUCUUUUUUUCAAAGGAGCUUUUCACGUGGAAAACACAGAGGAGGGAUGGUUCUCCACAUCUUUUUGAAUGGUAGGAAGGGAGUAUGUAUUUUUCCUACUACAUGAUUUGUAGAGACACAGGUGUAAUCAAUAAUAAUGUAAAUAAUGUCAACUUAUAUAUUAGAAUAAAUGUAAUUACUUACAAUUAAUGUCAGUUUUUGACAGUCCUGGCUAUGCUCAAACACUAACCAAAUAAGCAAUACAGUAAAAAGAGCAGAUAAAUAAAAAAGGUUUAUACACAUAUAUGUAUAUAUUUAUAUAUGCUUAUAUACAUAUGUAUUUCUGUAGAAAAAUAUAAAUAAUAUACAUUUCUGUAUUUAAUACAAAUUUUAAGGAAAUUAAGGGAUAUGGGUUUCUUCCUGUAUUUAGGACUGUAUUGCAAUAGGAAGAGCAGGAGCUAAAGUUGCUGUAAGAUGGGAAUUUGUAUAUGCAAAACAGGACACUGCGGGGGAGAAGACAGGCGGUUACCUUGAGCUAUCGCACUCUGGUAUUACAUUAUUCAACACUGACCUAACUUUCUGUGUAUCCCAGUAGAAAGACUGCUCUGGUUUUAGCCCACAAGCUCCUCAAAGGGACAGAGUAUAGCUUAAAUUCAUCUUUAGCAUCUUCUGCUUGAUCUUCUGCAAGAAACAGAACUAAGAACGCAGUUAUAGUCAUAGUACAGUAGAAUCCUCAAUUACCUAUUAGUCUUUAUUUUAUUCAUCUGUGUUUUUCUUGUCUCCCCCUCUUUUUUUUAAUAACUUCUAAACCAAAAUAUAAAUCCAGCAGUUUUAAGAUAUAGAAACUAUGCAACAGCACACUAGAUCAGCCCUGAAACCAUCCACUACUGUGCUCAAAAGAUAGCCCUCAACAGAAACUAAAGCAAGAGUUGAACAAAUCGCAGAAAUGUGAAGAUGAAAGUCCUCAACACUUUUGAUACAGCAUACACUGUCCUGUGUUUUGAUACUUUGAUGCAUCCUGUCACUUUUCUAACUCAAGGCCUUUCUCUUAUACAUACGCAAAGUUCAGAGGUGAUUGUCAUCGCUUACCUCAUUAUGUUCCUAUUUAUCUUCCAGUUCGUGACAAGGAAAGCAUUUCUCAUCAACUUUCUUUAUAGAAGUCAUUCUUACAGAAUUUUCCUCUAAUUAGUAAGUAAUCAAAGCUUUCAACUCUCUGCAUAAAUGCUGUCUGUCACCUGGGUUUAUGGAGAAACCUGUGAAGAAAAAGUCCUUAUCCACAGACAGAAUGAGUAGAAACUGAAGGAGGAAACUCUUUUGUUCUGCAUCACUACUUCAACAGAAUUGUCACUCAGCCAUGGCUGGACUGGUGCUUGCCUACAAAGAAUAAAGAGCCACAGUUCCUGUCAGACAGCACCUUGAUGCAAGCAAUAGCGAUUGAGUGUCAAAGUACAUUGGAAGCAGAAGUUAGUGGCAAAUCACAAACUAGUCUGAGCCGUGCUUUCUAGGAUGCAAGUCUUAAAACAGAAUGUUUGAACAUGAAAAAUGAAAGAAUCUCAAGAAACCAAAAGUAUCCGCACAACUGUAAAGUAGAAAACAGAAUUCCAUACAUCUUGAGAGUGGCUUUAUCAAACAAACUAUUCUUAAUCCUUUCCAAACCCAAAAUAUGUGAUCUAUCAAGCACAGAUGUGGAAAAAAUCCUAGCUGUUGUAUUUAAUGUAGUCAUACAAAAGUAAGGUAACAUGAGUCACUGCAGAACUUCAUAAACCACGUUAGAUGCAUUUUUGCUAAAUCACUUUGCAACACAUUUGGGCUGUUAUCAAAAAGAUCAUUAUAGUUCAUGAAAACAUGAUCUGAUCUCGAUUAUGACUGGACUAUUUUUACUCCAUAAAUAAGGGUUUUAAUAGUUCUAAGGUACUAAAUUCCUUGCAUGUCUUAAGGAGCAAGUAAACCUUCUUUAGGGCACAUAUAGUUACAUAUUCAAGCACUACUGCAAAGGUUUUUCUCCCUACUUCACACCUGCUUUGUUUAUAAUAAUGUUUUCAUAGAGCAGUUAGUAAUAUUUUGUAAUGUAAAGCUAAAUAAAACUAACAAUCUAAAAUGCUUUACUGAGAUACUUAGGUCUGCUUCAUGACUAUAACUGAAUGCCAGCUUUUCUUUGGUUAAAGUUAGGAAAUAAAUGGUUAGAAGUUGACUUUUCUAAGGGCUGUAAGUUCAAUGUGCUGAUUUAAACUACAUGGAGACAUGGUGUUCCCAAUAGAGAUGUGGGGAAUAGUUAUGAGAUUUAAAAGUGGGUUCUCAGCAAAGAAGUCAUAGGUUCUAUCUUCAUGUGAAACAAAUCAUAGUAAAAGAAAUACUAGAGCUCAAACUAUGCCCUUUAUUGUCUGCUUUCAUCCACUUUGUGUAUACCAAGUGAUCUGACUCAGCCAUUUAAGUCAAUGCGUAACAUCUGCAGUCUCAUUAGGAAACUCCAUUAAAGAAUUUUUAAUUUCAUAGAUGAGUCUGUGGGAAGGAUUGAUCAGAAAUGGACUAGUUCCUUGUACAAAAAGUUGAAUUUCACUGGAUUGAACAUACUUUAAAAGGCAGAAAUACUUUUGUAAGAAUAAAGAGAGGGAGUUUGGUCAAUAAAUGUAAUAAAUGUGCAUUCUCAAGUUUUCUAACUUAUACGUUGCUUACGGGAAGAAACUUGGUAUACUUCCUUAUCCCCUCCUCCUCAUUGUGGACGAGGAAAAACUUCCAUUUCCUAUCUGAUCCAGUCUUAACAGAAAAAAAACAACAUUAGUUCCUUGGUACAAGAUGUCUGCUUGCUCAAAUCUAUUAAAAAAUGAAAAUACAUUUUCACCCAAGUACAUUUUAUUUUGAAGCAUUCUUUAGCCUUCUGACUUGUUUUCUUACAGAUUUUUGUGAAGUAAAUAAGUCUAUGUGCACAGGGGCCUUUUGGAACUGAGUACUAAACAAUUAUCUGAAUAAAAAAGUUUAUAAGGUGAGUUACACUGGAUCACCUAUACAGCUCUGAAGGAGUAGCUGAAUAAGUAUUACCAUUGAGUAAUGUUAGUCUUAUGAAUACAUACAUGAGAAACCAAACCCUGAGUGCAAUCUCUGAAUUACCUACUGAUCUAUUGAAUUGAUUCCUGUACUACAUGCUGCCAAGGGCAGGAUUUCUCCUUUAAGUAAUUUAAUUCAAAACAGAAAAAAAAUAUUAUUAAAACAAAGAAAAAAAUAAUCACAUUAAAUCUCUCAAUGUAAGAAAACGCUGGUGAGCAGAGUAGUAAGUGACUGGUAUGUGGUGUCUUCCAUGAAUGAAAGAGAUUACACUACUGGCUGUGAGAGCUCAAAACAUGAACUAAGGGCAAGAAAUUACCCUAUGUUUGUAUCUGUAAAACGCAGACCUAGCAUGGAAAAUCAGCACAUUUAACGUUUCCUUUGGAUUUUUUCUGAAUCUUCCCUCAUUUAGUUCCAUUUCUAGGUAGGUUUUGUUUUCAGGAGUAAACUGCUGAAUCACUCACAGGCAAAGUAAGAACUUAAUAACACUGAAUAUGGUCUCCAGAAAAUAGAUCAAAACAUUUCACAGUGCAGCAACCAUAGAAUUCCUGUUUUCAAAUUAUUACUUCCCAAUUUAAAACCUAACAAGCGCAUCACCUGUCUAGUCUUGGAUUUGAAAUCAUUCGCUUAUACUUCAAGUAUAAUUUGUCUACAGGUUUCACUGCAUCUGUCUCCCCCAGAACAAGUCUUGUUCUGAUAAGGCGGAUGGAGCCUUUGCUGACAGAAGUCGCUGUACGCGUCUGACAGCUGGAGUCAGGCUGCGUGCUUUGAAAAGUAACUGAAGUUUGUUUUUCAGGUAGACUUUAAAAUCAGCGUUACAAAACAGUAGGUUUUACCCUUAUUGCUUCAAGUCAUUUUCUCUGAUGUUACUUUCAACACCAUAACAGUGAGGUAACUCUACUGAGGCAGAUUGAACAAGAUCAAAGUGAAAGGAAAUAGUUAACUGAGUCUAUCUGGUGCCAUAUUUCAGAAGCUGUUUUAAAUACGAGGAUUUAAGCCUGUGUGAUAGCUCAAGUGUAACUUUACUAUAUUGCUUAAAUUUAAUGUGGACCAAUCUACUACAAAAAAUUACAUAAACCCAUUCAGCAUAGUCUGGAGUGCCUACAAAAGAGCAGCUUAAGAAAAGUAGUGCAUGCAACUUUCAGUAAUUACGUGAAUUAAGGCAAAUGUAUCCUUCAAUGCUAUACUUAGAAAUGCCUAUAGUACUUAUUAAAGAAUGAAAACAAAAACCAAACCAUCCUUUGUGUGCCCUAUGAAGAAAACAUGAGGAGAUAAUAGCAGUGAAUAAAGGACAAAACCCUCAGGGGUGCAGGAACUUAGAAGCCAGAAAGGCCAUGGAUGUCUUUGUAAGAAGCUAUAUGUGCAGUGUAACUAUUUGUACUUCUGUUCUGCAGGCAUACAAAAAGUCUAUAUCAGAAAAUCAAUUUCUAUGUUUGAGAUCCAUUCAUUAAUAUACAGAGCAGUCACAGGAGCAUUAUUGUGUCCUUGAAAUAAAUUAAAACCACUGGGUAAAUGUGCUCUAUUCAGGACCAAUAAGCAGCAAACAAAGCUAAGUGAAUUUAAAACUAAUUCAGGCUGUACUAGAAGAUCCACAUGAUUCCAACAUCCUACCUUUAUUUUAAUAUUGGACAUUAGUUUAUUCACUGACAAAGCACCAUUUAAUUGGGGGCUGAUCAAGGAAGCAUGACUUCUAUGAGCAAGCACCUUAACGCGCUAAAAUCGCCAAGAAAAUACUCACAUCAAUGAUGCACAAACACUUUUUCUCUCUGCAGGUUCCAUUUAAAGGUGCUGCAAUCUUUAAACAUCUCCCAGGACAGUCUCACAAGGAAAAACUAUUUCCUGGAGACACUACAUUUAAAAAAGUAAUUGGAAAUUCUCCUGAUUUUAGUACUAGAAGGCGGCAGAAUUGGAUUUUGCCACUUAUGUAUUUCUGCAAAGGACAGUUUAGCCAUUAAGAUUAUUCAAAUAAAUGUCAUUUUUAAUGGUCUCCAAGAAAGCAGGCUGACAAUAACAGCCAAAUUAAGAUCCACAUUCACCACCUCAGCCUUAUUCAUUAUUGGCCACACUAUUGACAUUGCCUUAAAGGCUGAAGAGAUGGUAAAGAUGUCCGCAUGAUUACAGGGAAAACGCUGAUCAAAGAGCAAUUGUUUUUAUGGCGUUAAAGGACAGGAGGGCCUUCGAGUUCCUUCACAUCACUGGAACAGCAAAAAUUGAAUAAUACUUGGGCUUGAGUGUAAUCUGAACUCUAGCUGCUGAAUGUACUUUAGCUGACAUGUCAUGAUUCACGAAAGCCAAAAUGUCACACAAAAAUUAGCAUCAACAAACUCGGUAAGCAGACAGCAUUCAAGCCAGACAACUCUGCUUUACAUCAUUUCAGGGAAAAAAAGUUUCAUUCUAGAGACAGUAAGAAAUUUCCUCAGACAGUUCUUAGAUUAUUUUGCAUGUUUUUCUUGACAGUUAAAUAAAAACUCAAUAGUUUAGGUCAAUAUGUGACCCCCAGUAGUGACACUACUGAUGUCUCAUCCCCACUUAAGCUAUUAUUAAUACAAAUGCUUUCCUUAGAUGGAACACAGGUUUUUCUCUCUAGGAGGGAUUCUGAGUAAGGUUGUUAUUUCUGCGGAGGGUAGCAUGUCCUAUGCCAAGGCUCAACUCACAUCUGUGCAAAGGACUGCGCAAAGGCUGCUGGAUGGAUUCUCCAGCAGGAAAAAGAAAGGCUGUGGGUCAGACUCACAGCACAUGCGUUUCUUGCACGAGAAAGCUUAGAUGUAGAACUGGACAGAAAAAUCAUCCUGCCUUCCCUCCUUGGGAGAUUUUGGUCAUAGAUUAGUUCAGAGCUUC